UGCGUCUGUAUAUGUUCUCAUACGUUCGGAUUUCCUCCCAGCGCCAUUUUAGAGCGGACCAAAAAGAGACCAACGUUUCAAACACACGCGAUUUCACGUAAAUUUGAGUCAUGCAUCGGGAUUGCCCUCUGGACUGUAAAGUGUACGUUGGGAAUUUGGGUAACAAUGGGAAUAAAUCAGAACUGGAGAGAGCUUUCGGCUACUACGGACCCCUGAGGACCGUCUGGGUGGCCAGGAAUCCCGCUGGCUUUGCAUUUGUGGAGUUUGAAGAUCCUCGAGAUGCGACCGACGCCGUCAGAGAGCUGGACGGACGGACCCUUUGCGGUUGCCGAGUGAGAGUGGAGCUGUCCAACGGUGAGAAACGAACUCGGAACCGGGGUCCACCUCCUUCCUGGAGCCGACGCCCACGUGAUGACUACCGAAGACGUAGUCCGCCCCCCAGGCGCAGAUCUCCAAGGAGGAGGAGCUUCAGUCGUAGUCGUAGCAGAUCUCCUUCCAGAGAGCGCAGGAGGGAGAGAUCUCUGUCCCGUGACAGGAACCACAAGCCCUCUCGAUCUUUCUCACGAUCAAGGAGUCGUUCCAGAUCUAAUGAACGAAAAUGAACUUCAAUGCUGAAAACAUCAUGAUGGCAACCUCGACGCAGAUCAAACGUCUUUAAACUUCGAUAAAGACUUUAAUGCCCCAGAGUCCGUAUGAGUCCCUCGUGUUUUUUGUAUUUACAUCAGUUAUUUUAGCGGUUCUGUUUUCUUCUGUGGUUACGGUCGUGGUGCUACUGUGUGUUUUGCAGGUGUGACGCUUCACUUAAUGCAUCAGGAUUCCAUCGCACACUUUUAAUUUUGUUGGCUGUGUAAGAGGGGGUGGAUAUGAAGGGUUCUUCUCUGAUUGAUACUGCUGCCCUGACCUUAUUUCCUUUGGUUUAAAGUUUUUAUUUGCGUUACUGUGCGAUCAGGACAGCGGCAGUAGAGGGGGGAUAUUGUAACGGCACUAUGACGGCAGCAGGGGAAGCAACGAAGAACGUUUUCUUUUUUCUUUCUUCUAGUGUUUGUACCCUUUUUGUAAUGUUGAUCUGGAUUAAAACCCAUUACACAAUAA